AUGACGGCGGCGCGCCUUCGACUGGCUCCAAUGCUUGUAGUUAUCGCUUGGUGCGCCAUUGCUAACCCUCCCCCCACUAAAAUAUCCAAGACGACCCAGCCGGUCAUCCUUCUCCCCAAUCUGCAUCUCGCCCCUCGCCUCUCGCCACCGCCGCCGAUCCCCUUCCACCACCACCGCCACCGGCACCGGCACGGCAUCCACCUCUGCCUCCUCCUCCUCCUCCGCGGCCACGGCCUCCACCUUCUCGGGACCCCGCCACACCACCCUUCAACAACAACAAUGACAAACACCGCCUUGGCCUCCUCCACAUCCUUGAGGUCCAGCCGCUCCAGCCUCGCCGCGGCGCGUGCCUCCCUCCCGAACCAGCCCGUCCUCUACUCCUUCCAGGAGCUCGCCGCCGCCACCAACAACUUCCUCGCCAAGCGGGGCUCCUCCGACACCUUCUGGCGCUGCUCCCUCCGCGCUCUUCCAGCUCCGACCUCUCUCGCUCCUCACACCCGCGGCCGCCUCCGCCGUGCUCGCCCACGUCGCGCGCUACCACCACGCCAGCCUCGCGCACCUCCUCCCCGCCGGAUCCGCUACGGCCGCAAGUUGCAUAGAGAUGCCGCCGUAUGUCGUGUACAAGUGUGAGGUUCCCGGAGUCUACGACGAAUGGGAGGAGUGUCAGAGAUAGGUUCACUGUUUCAGCGGUAACAGUUACAAAGGGUACACCACUAGGGCGGAGGCAGAAACUAGAUACGCGCGCUAUCUAGCGGGAGAGAGGAGGGAGCGGAGGAGGAACCGGAUGAAGAUCAGUUUCAUCGCGAU